CGGUCUGGCUUUAAACCUCCCAUGGCUGAAGGGUUCGCCAGGGAUUGCGUAUUGGCACGAGACUCAUACACUCCUGAUGAAUUUCACAGAAAAAAUCGCAGUAUAUCUGGUGCGCCGAGUGUAAAAUCGGGGUACGCGCAGCGCCCGGAAGGCGGCACAGACGCCACGGGAUCGGGGCCACGGGGAUUGGCUCGGAGCCUCUUCUCCCAGAGCCCGAGACUCGAGCGGAGGUAGCGGGGUCGCCUCAACUCAGCACCAGCUGCUCGGUCUCACGAGCAGCCCGGCCCUCACCGGGCUAGAGAGUGUGGAGAAGCUUCCCGGCCGAAAAUAGUCGACGGCCGGGUCUGGAUGAGACGCCGACGAAACGAGAGGCAAGCCGUUGGGCCCUGAGCCGGGAAACUGAGGGGGGGGGAGAGAAAAGGGAGCGAGCCAGACUCGGCGGGCCGCCCUUCGCCGCCCGCCCCUGGGACGGUUGGUUUUUUUGGGCUGGCUGAGGUGACUGACAUCGGAGGAAGCCUCCCUUUGGCCGCACGGCUGGCAGGCGGACUCGCUUCGCCAACAUGCAACAGCAACCCCCCUGGAAGGGGGAGGAGGAGAGAAAGGAGUGAAGGAGGAGCCGCAGCGUCGGCGGCGGGUUCUGCUUUUUCUCUCUCCCGCCCCCGUUUCAGCUAUUUGUUUCGGUUCUUCGCCUGCGCUUGUGUUUUCUUUCCGCCUCGUGUGGGCCUCUGGGCGCCUCACAGCAUUAAAAUGGAGUCCUUCCCCAGCGAAGAUCGAAUUCCAUUACCUAGGAAUAUGAUUGAAAACAGCAUGUUCGAGGAAGAGCCUGACGUAGUUGACCUGGCUAAAGAGCCUUGCUUGCAUCCCUUGGAGCCUGAUGAAGCAGAAUAUGAACCAAGGAGUUCUCGGCUUCUUGUACGUGGUCUUGGAGACCAUGAAAUGGAUGAGGAUGAAGAGGAUUAUGAAUCAUCAUCUGCCAAACUUCUAGGAAUGUCUUUUAUGAAUAGAAGCACUGGACUGCGUAAUAGCACAGUUGGUUACAGACAGAAUUUGGAUGGAUCAUGUUGUGCUCCAUCUGUAAGGACCACAGUGAUCUGUGCUGUUGUUCUUGUGAUUGCUGUUUCUGUAAUAAUGGCAAUCAGUCUUAUUCCCAAAUGUACCUUUACCAAAGAAGGCUGCCAUAACAAAAACCACACAGCAGAAGAUGUAUAUCCUUUAGCAACAAAUGGAAAGCCCUUUCCAUGGGCACAAUUUAGGCUUCCAAGUUCUGUUGUGCCUAUACAUUACAGUGUUGUACUGCAGCCAAAUCUAACCACAACAAUGUUUACAGGUUCAGUACAGAUAACAGUGAAAGCCAUUCAGGCUACUGGGCAUGUCAUCCUUCACAGCUCAAAACUUAAUAUUACCAAGGCAACUUUGGCUUCAUCAGGUUCAAGCCGCCAGAGACCAGUUGAAAUUCUGGAGUAUCCGUUGAAUGACCAGAUUGCAGUUUUGGCUCCAGAGGCGCUGAUUGCAGGACGAGAGUAUAACAUCAACAUGGAGUAUUUCUCUAAUUUAUCAGACAAUUACUAUGGUUUCUACAAAAUAGCUUUUAAGGAUAGCAGUUCAAUGGCAGGGCAGCUUGCAGCAACUCAAUUUGAGCCCCUGGCAGCAAGAUCAGCAUUUCCUUGCUUUGAUGAACCAGCCUUCAAAGCCACUUUUCAAAUUAAGGUCAAAAGAGAAAAGGAUCAUUUUGCUCUGUCGAAUAUGCCAAAGAAAGCAACCAACCCCCUGGCAGAUGGAUUAGUGGAAGAUGAAUUCAUUGUGAGUUUAAAAAUGAGCACUUACCUAGUAGCUGUCAUUGUUGGAAAUCUGGCAAAUAUUACUAAAGAAACAAAUAAGGUUCUGGUGUCUGUCUAUGCUGUUCCAGAAAAGUCAGGGCAUACAGAAUAUGCUUUGGAUACAGCACUGAAACUUAUUGAGUUCUACCAGAAGUAUUUCAAUAUUACAUACCCUCUCCAAAAAUUAGAUAUGGUAGCUCUUCCUGACUUUCAGUCUGCAGCUAUGGAAAACUGGGGAUUGAUCACUUUUCAAGAAGCCACACUCCUUCAUGAUAACAAAACAUCUUCAGCAAUGGAUAAAAAAAAAGUAACAAGAGUGAUAGCUCAUGAGCUGGCACACCAGUGGUUUGGCAAUCUAGUAACUAUGAAAUGGUGGAGUGACUGGUGGCUGAAUGAAGGGUUUGCCACUUUCAUGGAAAACUUCGCCAUGAAGCAGAUCUUUUCAGAUUUAUAUACUGAUGACUCUUUUCUAGAUCUACGAUUUAGGAUCAUGAACAAAGAUUUCAUGAAUUCAUCUCAUGCUGUUUCCCUUGCUGUCGAGUCAUCAGAAGAAAUUGAAGAAAUGUUUGAUGCAAUCUCCUAUGUCAAGGGAGCUUCUCUCUUGCUGAUGUUGCAGAACUUUCUUCAUAAUGAUGUCUUCCAAGCUGGCAUUCAAAUCUAUUUGCACGACCACAUCUAUGGGUCCACCUGCAGUGAUGAUCUAUGGGAUAGCAUGAAUCAGAUAACAAAUGGAACAGUAGAUAUUAAAAAAAUCAUGAAAACGUGGACUGUCCAGAAGGGAUUUCCUUUGGUGACUGUCAGAAGAGAAGGAAAACAGAUCCAUCUUCAUCAGGAGAAAUAUGUUCAUAAUUUAGAAUCAGAAAAUCAGAGCAUAUAUUCAAGUUAUCUGUGGCAUAUACCUCUUUCCUACAAAACCAGCAAUGGCAGCUCAUUUUUCGCUUUUGAGACGUAUUUAUUGAAUCAAAGCUCAGGUGUUAUUGACCUUCCAGGUAAAACAGAGUGGGUGAAAUUCAACAUAGAAGCAAAUGGCUAUUAUCUUGUGCAGUAUGCUGAUGAUGACUGGGAUUCUCUAAUUCAUCUACUAGAGAGAGAUCAUACUGCUCUGAGCUCCAGAGACAGAGCUGAUCUGAUCCACAACAUUUUUAAUCUAGCAGGAAUGGGAAAGGUGCGUUUCGCCAAGGCCUUUCAGCUGUUGGACUAUAUAGUGAAAGAAAAUGACACUGCUCCAAUUGUUCAAGCUUUGUAUCAAAUGAGUCGUAUUUUCAACCUGGUUGAGAAGAGGAGAAUGCAGGACCUUGCCUCCAGAGUAUUGCGUAGGACUGAGAAACUACUUGGAGACAAGAUUAAACAACAGACAUGGACAAAUAGUGGGACCCCCUCAGAACAAGAGCUGCGGUCUAGUCUACUAAGCUUUGCCUGCUCCUAUGGUUUGGGAGAUUGCAGUACAACUGCUGUUGAACUGUUUAAGAAAUGGAAAGACUCCAAUGGCACUGAAAGCCUAUCAGCUGAUGUUAUGAAGAUCAUAUUCACUGCUGGAGCAAAAACUAACACUGGCUGGGACUUCCUUUUGAGCAUGUAUUGCUCUCUGGUUUCUGAACCAGAAAAGUUCAAAAUCCUUGAGGCACUGGCCAGUUCUGAGGAUGUUAGAAGAUUGACAUGGUUGAUGCAGACAAGCCUGGAAGGAAUCAUCAUCAGAUCACAGGACCUUCCAAUUGUCAUAAAAACAGCUAGUCAGAGUCUGGCUGGACAUUUGCUGGCAUGGGACUUUGUCAAACAAAAUUGGGAUCAUCUUAUAAAGAAGUUUCACCGUGGAUCAUACACGAUGCAAAAUAUUGUGAUUUCAACUACUUCUCAGUUCUCAACACAAGAACAUCUGCUUGAGGUGGAGACUUUCUUUGAAUCAAAGUCAGAGGAGACUGCUCAGCUACGGUAUGUCCAGGAAGCCAUUGAGACAAUUCAGCUAAACAUUCACUGGAUGACAAACAACUUGGCACAGCUGAAGGAAUUGCUCUAGUGAUCCCAGUUCCUCCAGCACUUCUGUAUUUGCCACGUGGGAUGCUGCAACUCUGCUCUUUGGCUUCUGCAUAGAGCCAUGGUUGAAAAUGGGCAAUGCAACUUUCUUUGCACUAUGAGAGGGUUCUAGUUAGCUCAGGGUACAUCUUUUCCUAAGCUGUCUCUUUGUAGAGGGUUUGUGGACUUGAUGUUGUUGCUUGUUAAAGAAAUGCUUAUUCAUUGACCAAACAUUCACAUAAAAAAGUUUUAACAUGAUAUUGCAGCUCUCUUCCAUUACAGAAAUGUCCAGUUUCAUUUUCUACGCACUGAAUGGGGCAGGGGAAAAGAUUAACAAAACAGAGCAAGACAGGAACUCUCACGAGAGCUGCUCUUUCUUUGCCAAGCACUGUUUAAUUAGCCUUCCUCAUUAUCUGUAGCUUCUUGAAUUGUAAAUAGCGUACCUGCUGUGAAGCAUGUGGGUUUUUUAAUUCCCAUGAUUAUAAACAGAUGCACAUAAUGGAUGUGGACAGCUGAAGUUACAAGUUGGGUUUUGAGAGCUCUGAAUCUUGAUUUAUCAAAAUGUUUUCUAGAAAUUAUGCAAGUAUCAAAAAUAGAUAUCUAUAUAUAAUAUAAACAAUUAUUGAUAGAAAAAAUAUUUUGUCUGCAAUAUAGCUGAGUGCUAUGAACACCAUGAACUGAAUAAGUCAAAUAGUAUUUGUACAGAUGAAUAACAAGAUUGUGUCAUUUGUGCAGUGCACACGCACAUACGUCUAUGUUCCCUAUGCUGAAGCAGCCUGAACAGAUUUUCAGACAAGAUUAGAAUUGUAGCUUGGAGAACAUUUUAUACCAAGAAACAAUUGUUUUGAAGACCUCCCUUUUCACUAAGAGUUGAAAAUAAACUUUUGUGUAUAUUUUUUUCCUGUAGUCCUCUCCUAUUAUGGAGAGCCCUCAGAAAUAAGUCCUAAUCUUGCCCACAAGGCAUCAAUCUUGUGAAGUGUGCAAGAGGGAUACCAUCAUCAGACUUCAGAUCAUUUAUUAUUUUCUUAGGGCUCUUCCAGAUGGGUCAACAGUUCUUCCCCCAUUUCUCCCUGUUCAUCACAAAGGGGUGGAGGUUUAUCUCUGAAUUUCAUUUGCAAAAGCUGCUUCAGCCAAAACCUUCCCUUUCAGAAGUCUGAAAAUUUUUUUAAUAAAUAUGUAGCAAUCAA